AACUGCUCUUGCAUCGAGAAGCAGAGCACAGCCAGGGUCUCCUCUCCAAGAAUUAGAAAGGACCUAUGGGCUCCUGGUACUUGUGCUUUCCAGUAUUCCUAGCUUUAUAUGUAAUCACGAAGCACUUCCUGAACAAAUUCCAAAACCUCCCACCAAGUCCCUUUCUUUCCCUCCCCAUUAUAGGUCAUCUCUACCUCUUGAAGAAACCUAUCCACCAGACUCUCUACAGAAUCUCCAAACAGCACGGUCCCAUAGCCUUCCUCCAAUUCGGGUGUCGCAAAGUUGUCGUAGUCUCAUCACCUUCUGCAGCAGAAGAAUGUUUGACCAAGAACGACAUCAUCUUUGCCAAACGCCCUCGCAUGACCAUUGGAAAGAUUCUAGGCUAUAAUUACACCAUCUUAUCUUGGGCUCCUUAUGGUGAUCACUGGCGAAAUCUCAGAAAAAUCGCUGCCCUUCAAAUAUUGUCAAUUUCUCGUCUCCAAAUGUUCUCUGGUAUACCAGUUGAUGAGGCCAAGAUACUGAUUCGCAAGCUAUUACAUAAUCAAGACCAGUCUGUUGAACUGCGGACGAUGUUUUUUGAGUUAACACUAAACGUCAUGAUGAGAAUGAUUGCUGGAAAGCGAUAUUACGGUGAUAACAUUGCAGAUCUUGAGGAGUCAAAGAGGUUUAAGGAGAUUCAUAGAGAGACAUUUAAAUUAGCUGGAACGCCAUGUAUAGGAGAUUACUUACCGUUGUUCAAGUCUAAGAAACUGGAGAACAUGUUGAUCAAGUUUCAGAGAAAGAGAGACGAGUUCAUGCAGGGUUUGAUUGAAGAGCAUAGAAGAAGAAGAAGAGGAAGUGGUCAUGAUUCCGAGACUGAUAGAAAGAAUACGUUGAUUGAAGUUUUGUUGGGGCUACAAGAAUCAGAACCUGUAUACUACAACGACGAGAUCAUCAAAGGCCUAAUGCUUAUAAUGUUAUUGGCUGGCACAGACACCACAGUAAAUGCUAUAGAAUGGGCACUUACACUUUUGCUAAACCAUCAAGAAGUCCUUGAGAAAGUCCAAAAAGAAAUUGACAAACAUGUAGGUCAGGAACGUCUGAUAGAGGAAUCAGAUCUGGCUCAGCUUCCUUGUCUCAGUAACAUCAUCAACGAGACAAUGCGUAUGUACCCGCCAUCCCCACUUUUAUUACCUCAUGAAUCGUCUGAGAAGUGCGUAGUUGGAGGAUUUCACAUUCCACAAGGGACAAUCUUGUUUGCAAAUUUGUGGGCUAUACAAAAUGAUCCAAAGCUUUGGGCCGAUCCAACAAAGUUUAAGCCAGAGAGGUUUGAGGGAGUAGAGAGGGGUAGAGAUGGGUUCAGAUUGAUGCCAUUUGGGUCAGGGAGAAGAGGGUGUCCUGGAGAAGGUUUAGGGUUGACAAUGUUUGGGUUGGUUUUGGGGUCAAUGAUUCAAUGCUUUCAGUGGAUGAGGACUGGGGAGGAGAUGGUGGACAUGACGGAAGGGGCUGGAUUAACAUUGUCAAAGGCUCAACCCUUGCAUGCUAAGUGCCGCCCACGUCCAAUCAUGUUCAACUUGCUAUCUCAAAUUUGAAUGGUAUGGUUAUAAAUUUGUCUGAAAAGCUAUUGUGAUGUGCAAAUACAAUGAGUGAAGAUGUGAAAAUAAAAAGGUUUGACGAAUUCUGACACUCAUAAGUUGUUCAUAACCAUUUAAU